CUACAUUGUACCAGGUUUUGCAGGACAUGGAAGUUGUCAUCAUGAAGCAGAGAUACUCCAACCAGCUUGCCGAUGAAAGCCCCAAUUUCUAACAGUCUGACUCCCCAUUUGAUAUUGAUCCCUCGAUUUCCAUCUCCAAAUUUUCUAUUCCGCUUUCCUCCACUUUCCCGGGAAAGUCCAUGCUUGUUGAGCUUCUCCCACAGGAAAUGGCUGUACCAUCCCAAAACACUGACUUUCUGCUCUGGGGCACCAAGUUUCGGUGGAUGGGACGACCCACGACUCGGUGGUGGCUCGGCCCUAUCGGGUGAGUCAAACCAGCUCCUUAGUCUUCUGAAUUCUCUUGGAAUCGAUGACAAAAAGUAUAUCUUUGUCUAUGUACUAGGGUUCGUUUGUGCUUUGGCCAUUUCUAGGGUUAGGGUUUCCUCAACUGUUCUGUUCCCAGCUUGCGCUAUUGUUUUUGCUGUUGGGUUUUCAAUUGGCUUUGUUAAUUGGGGACAUGCGAAUAACUUGAACUUAGUUGCUGCCAAGAAAAAGCCGAAGGAUGAAACUUUUAGGGUUUCAGUUGAGAAAUUGAGGAAUUUGGUGCAUCUGUUGGCUGAAUUUGAUGAUAAGAUUAGUAACUUGAAGAAUGGUAUAAGAAGGGGAAUUGAGAACAGUCAUGUCACUGUGGGUGAUCUGCAGAGAUAUUCUAAGGCCAUGGAAUCAAUUCGGUUAUCUAGUUUGAAUGCUAGGAGUGUUGUUGAUGCUUGUAUUGAUGUCCUGUCAGUCGAGAACCGGGAAACUGAAAGAAUUUUGAAUCAGAAAUCAAGUAGGAGAAAGAAAGAAGUGGGCGAAGCUGGGUUCGAUCUGUUCCAGUACAUUGGUGGUUUGUUUCAAGAAAGUUCAGUUAGUUCCAAGCCAAAUAAAAUGAAAGAUAGUGUUAAGAGGGGGUCAGUGCAUGUGGAGGUGAAUGACAGAAGUCGAGGCAACAUUUUAGGUAUGGUGGGUGAAGAACAGGUUAUAACAAGCUCAGCAUCUAUUGACGAUGCAGGAAACCAGAAAGCAGCAUUUUCAAGAGAUAUUCUGCAUACGCCUGAUAUGGUUCGGAGUGGAGAAGAAAUGUUGGAUAAUGAAGCAAGGAGAAUUAAUGUUCUCUUACAAGAUGAUGAAAUAAAGAUUUCAGAUAGGGAAGCUAAUAGAAAAGUUAUGGACAAUGAACUGUAUAGUUACCAAAAUAACAGACCAAGAUUCAUAAACAACCAACAGAUCUCUCUUAUGAUAGAUCAUCAUAAUGGAGUUGAAACGUGGGCAUCACAAGAUAACUUCCUUGAUUCUGUGGAUUUUAGUGUCAAUCUGAAGCACAUGCAAACUGAAGCUUUAGUUGAACGAGAAGAGAUACUACACAGGACCAAUGGAAGUUACAGGCCUAGUCAAUCCAGGGAGAAUAGAGAAGAGGACAUUUACAAACCUCGUAGUGUGGAAAAAGAGAGGGUGAUUCGUGAAGAUGAACAAUCCAUAGCUGAUCACCCAUCUGAACGCAAGAAUGACUCCUUCCCAUCUUCUACAGUUUCAGAUGAUAUUAUGUUCAAUGGGUAUCUUAUGCAAGCUAAUGCCCUCCUAAAAGAAGCCAGGAAAUGUCUGAAGGUAAGUGGUGAUGAAGGGCAUGCAGAAACUGUAUUAUACAAGUCUGCAAAAUUACUCUCUAAAGCCUUAGACAUGAAGCCUAUGAGUUUACUAGCUGUAGGCCAGUUGGGAAAUACCUAUCUUCUCCAUGGAGAACUAAAACUGAAAAUGAGUCGUCACUUGAGAGCUCUACUUGCAAACAAAGAUACAAUAUUUGUCCACGAACGGCCUAAAGUACUUAAAGGACUAGAAGAUGAGCUCACAAGCAAAGACAAAAUUGCAUCAGCACUUGUUAAUGUUUGUGAAGACUGUGAAGAACUCCUUGUUCAGGCUGGGAGAAGAUAUAGGUUUGCCUUGUCAAUUGAUGGAGACGACAUGAGAGCCCUGUAUAACUGGGGUCUUGCCCUGUCCUUCCGUGCACAGUUGAUUGCAGAUAUUGGACCAGAAGCAGCUUUUGAUGCUGACAAGGUUUUCUUGGCUGCAAUAGACAAAUUUGAUGCCAUGAUGUCCAGAAGCAAUGUUUAUACACCUGAUGCUCUGUUUAGAUGGGGCUUGGCAUUGCAACAAAGAUCUCGACUACGGCCAAGGAAUAGCAAAGAGAAGGUCAAGUUACUGCAGCAAGCGAAGAGGCUAUACGAAGAUGCACUCAACAUGGACUACGAUAAUCUCCAAGUAAGAGAAGCCCUCCAUUCAUGCAUCUCUGAGCUCAGUUUUAGGAGCUAUUGAAAUCCCACCUGCCAUUAUUCGUUAUUCUUGUUAUCUAUCCCCGCCCCUUCCAAGCAGUAGCAUGGCUUCUGUUUCUUCUUCGCCAUUUCUUAGUCGUAUAUAGCAAAAUGGAAGAACCCAUCGUAUGAAAAGAUACCGGCUUUUUGGUCAAUCAUCUUACUUGUGAGUUUCUGCUAAAAGGGAAUGUUUCUGAUGGGAUUUAUACUAAGCACCUGAGAUAAAUAUGUAAUGUUCAUCAUGGCAUA